AUGCCUAAUGCCAAUUACCCUGCAUCUAAAAUUCUCCAGCUUAAUCAAAAUAAUACUUGUUAUACUUAUACUAUUAUCAAAGAAGGUUUUUAUCCUCCAAGUGAUAUACUUCAGUAUACUUCUCUGCGUUCUUGUAAUAACAGCCAAUUCAAGAUCCCAGAUGAUUAUUUGAUUCAGACAACCUGGGGUAGAGGAAGUUCUAGCCAUACUGUACAAUGUGAAAUUAAUUAUCUAGAAAAGGCAGCAAAUUUCAAAAUUUGUUUUGGAGAUAACUUUCAAACUUGUGUAAAUUCUGCACAAUCAGCAACAGAUGCAGCAAAUGCUUAUUUGAAAGUAGCUAAAUCAUUUGCAAAAUUGCUUAAUAUUCCUGAUGAUGCAUUGACAUUUUCUUCUGGGUGGCUUCAAAGCUUUAAAAACAGAAACAAUUUGAAAAGAUACCAAUUGCAUGGAGAAAGUGGAUCAGCUGAUACCAAUGCAAUUGAAAAUGCACUUCCUGAUUUAAAAGCAAUCAUUAGCUCCUUUAGACCUGAAUGUGUAUAUAAUAUGGAUGAAACAGGACUGUUCUCCCGGCAAGACAAGGAACAUUUGACUGUUGUACUCUGUUGUAAUGCUGAUGGAACUGAUAAACUUCCACCUCUCAUUAUUGGAAAAUUUUUAAAACCUUGGUGUAUGAAAAAUGUUAAUAUGAAUAAUCUUGGAAUUACCUAUAGAGCAAAUACUAAAGCAUGGAUGACAGCAGUUUUAUUUCAAGAAUGGUUAAGACUAUUUGAUCAAAGAAUGAGUGGUAGAAAGGUGUUAUUAUUGCUUGAUAAUGCACCUUGUCAUAUAAUUGAAGAGGUAAAAUUGAAAAAUACACAGAUUAAAUUCUUACCCCCAAGCUCCACAUCAAAGAUUCAACCUUGUGAUGCUGGAAUUAUUGCAUCUUUCAAGAAACAUUACAAUCAUCGAUUUGUACAUCACCUUCUUGAAAAGUUUGAGGAUAAUGAACAGGUUGCCAAGCUUAAUGUUUUAGAAGCUAUACUAUUCAUCAAAACAGCUUGGAGAGAUGAUGUUACAAUAAAUACCAUUGCCAAUUGUUGGAAGCAUACUGGUAUUAUUAAAUUUGAUAAUAAUGAAGAGACAGAGCAAGAAGGAGAUGAAAUAAUUCCUGAUAUAGAAAAAAAUAUUACAGCCUUAAGAACCCCUAUGAGAACAGAAGAUUUUUUGAAUCCUGUUGAAGAAAAUGAAAUAGAAGAACCUGUAGAUGAGGAGACAAUUGUCCAAUUAAUUCAAGAAGAAGUUAAUGAAAAUCAGAAUGAGGAAGAUGAUGAAGGAAAUGAGUUACCUGUUAUUUCUGCUAAGGAAGGAUUAGAAGCUUUAGAAAAAGUCAUGACAUUCUUGUUGCAGCAGUCUAGAGAUUGUUCAGAUGAAAUUAAAAAUUCUUUAAUAAAUUAUUGGUCAGUUACUCCACAAAUAGGACUUUUGGCCUCUGCUUUGGAUCCAAGAUUUAAAUCAUUAACAUUUGCAUUACAUCGUUAUGAUGCAACAUAUAAAGUAUUAUCGGAAGAAAUUAAGUCAAUUGAAGAAAAAAAUCUAAAUUUAGAUUUGAGAAGAUCAGCUGUAGUAAUACAAACAAAUCCAUCAAAAAAUACCAUUUUUGACGAAUUAUUGAAUAUUACUACACAACAAAUCAGUUAUGAUGAAUUGACAAGAUAUUCAAGCAUAGCAAAUGUUGCUGGCAACCCAAUCAGAAUUUGUUUAUCUUUGCUAUUUUAG